UGCAGGCCGGCCGCCGCGCGCGGCGGCGGCGGCGGCGGGGCCACCUGCGGCUCCACGCCCGCCACCGACCCCCAUCUCUCCUGGCCAAACAAAUCCCGCGCCUCCCCGGCACCACUCGCCACCACCGCACCGCAGCAGCACAGCACGGCCCCCGCGCCAGAGAAACUAUCCACGGCGGGCCCGCGCGCGCAGCGAGCGAGCGAGCGAGCUGCUGCUCCGACGAUACGAUGAUGGCCCUGCAGGUCGCCGGCUGCGCCCUGCCGCCCCUCCUCGCGCGGCGGCGGCGCCGCGCGUUCCGCUCGCCCCGCGCGGUGGCGUCGGACGCCGCGCCGGCGGCGGCGAGGGAGGAGGACGGCAAGGUCGCGCUGGGCGGGUCCGGCGUCGCGGUCACCAAGGUCGGCAUCGGGGCCUGGUCCUGGGGCGACACCACCUACUGGAACGAGUUCCAGUGGGAGGAUAGGAAACUGAAGGCAGCAAAAGGAGCAUUUGAUGCGAGCAUCGAUUGUGGAAUAACUUUCUUUGAUACUGCUGAAGUAUACGGAGCUGGGGUAAGUAUAUCUGUUCUGAAACCAUCUCUUUCCAUCAGAUUCAUUAAGGAAAGGCAACAAAAGGAACAAGUCGAAGUGGCCAUCGCAACAAAGUUUGCAGCUCUUCCAUGGAGGUUUGGCCGUGGAAGUGUCAUCUGUGCACUGAAGGCCUCAUUGGAUCGCCUUGGCGUGUCUUCAGUUGAGCUCUACCAACUUCAUUGGCCAGGGAUAUGGGGCAAUGAAGGUUACCUGGAUGGCCUUGGAGAUGCUGUUGAGCAAGGUCUUGUGAAAGCUGUUGGAGUCUCAAACUACAGCGGUUGUUGUCUGACUUUCGUAUUUUUAUGAUACGAUUCAACCCGAGCGCCGCUGGCUGCGGUGACGGCCGCACGGUGAGCCGUUAUUUUAGUUGGGCGCCGCCGAGGCCUCCGCGUCGCCACUACAGCCUGGCAUGCCGACGGCCUCGUAGCCUGAAGGCAGCUAGCACGCUGGAUGCCUGUGCUGCCCGCUCCGCCGCGCCGCCGCUGGAGUUCGGCGCUGCCUGCCAAAGAGUACCAGCUACGAACUAAGCAGGGACCGCCUCGCGCGAUCAGAGAGGAGAUGGGAAACCGCGGCUGCCUGCGGAGCUGUGCGAUGCCGCCGUCAUUGCUGCCUGUGCACGACGGCCGGCGCUCCGUCGCCCCCAACUGCGUGCAUGGGCCUGCGCACUGCUGCCUUGCAUUUUAUUAAGACCUUUUUCCAACACUCGGCCAUCUCCUUCCCUCCAUCAUGGUUGUGCCAUGCCUGGCCGAAGCAGCAGCGAGCAGCGGCCAUACCUGGCCCAUGGGAGUGACGGGGCUACUCCAUGCCCCCUUGAUCCCCAACUUCACAGUCUUGACUAAGAUUUGUCCAUUUUCUGAUUCUAACUGCAGCUCACAUCAAGCCAUAAUUGCUGCCUGCAAGGUGCUCGACAAAAUGCUCCAGUGACGACAUGAUGUUUGGAGCUCUGUUGGCAAAGGAGAAAUUCUUUGGCAAAGUUGAAGAUGUGGCCUAUGAACUCGGAUCCCAGUACCAGUACAACAGACGCAUAAUGUCCCAAUAAUGGUCCUCUUCUCUGCUAGAUUGGAACAUCAAACCUUGCAGUAUCAUGUACUCUCCAAGGGCUCAAAGGAUGACCGAUUUUCAGUCAAUGAAAAAUCUUUCAAAGGCAAUUGACUUUGCUAAGAGGAAUUUGCUCGCUGGAAAUAAAAUUAUACUUGUAUGCUGUCAAAAUGGAGAAGAUAUAAUUAUUUGUGUUUCCUUGGCAAUAGUGACAUUGUUGUUCGAUGAUAACGGAUGCUUUGACUGUGUCCAUUCUUUCAUGAAAAGAGACAUCGCAAGAUUGGAGAUGACGAAGAGGCUGGUAUAUAUUCAUUUGCAAAUUUGCAGUAAAUGCACAGCCAUCUAGAGGAAACUUGAAACAGGUCUAUGAUUCAUUGCUUGUAUGCAUGGAGUUUCUAUUGGUUUGAACUUUAGAGUUGGUCUUUCACGCCAUUUUAUGAGAUAUGGUUAUACUGAGAAACAAUAGUUCGAUCAUGAAAGUUCCACUUUGUAAGGUCGAUUUCACAUUUGAAUUUGAUGGGUGAUGGAUACAAGUAGAAUAUGCCAUAAAAAUAGCAAUGAUCAAUCAUAUGUAGAUCAUGCUAUUUAUCUUAUUAAUUAUAUUGGACGUAUGUCACCAAGAUAUAUCGUGGACAUAUUUGUCAAGAUACAAGCAUUCAGGAGAUAUUUCUACAAUUGAAAUUAGUUUA